CCUCUGACACAGUAUUUAAAGUCAGGAGGCUAGGCCACUAAGCACUGCCUUUCCUUUGGGAACACGCCCUCGCCAGCAAGGAGAACCCAGCAAGGGCCUUUGGAUCUCCUCUUCCGACCUUCCCCAGAAGGAAAGGUGACCUUGGCACUGGUGCCCCUCUGACCAGCUGCAGACAUGCCUCCUCAGCUGCAUAAUGGCUUGGACUUCUCUGCCAAAGUUGUUCAGGGCACUCUUGACAGCCUGCCCCAGGCAGUGAGGGAGUUUGUGGAGACCAGUGCCCAGUUGUGCCAGCCAGAGCAUAUCCACAUCUGUGACGGCUCGGAGGAGGAGAACGGGCGGCUUCUGAGCCGUAUGGAGGAGGAGGGUAUUAUCCGGAAGCUGAGGAAGUAUGACAACUGCUGGCUGGCUCUCACUGACCCCAGGGAUGUGGCCAGGAUAGAAAGCAAGACUGUCAUCGUCACCCAGGAGCAAAGGGACACGGUGCCCAUUCCCAAAACUGGCCCCAGCCAACUGGGCCGCUGGAUGUCAGAAGAAGACUUUGAGAAAGCUUUCAACGCCAGGUUCCCGGGGUGCAUGGAAGGUCGUACGAUGUAUGUCAUCCCGUUCAGCAUGGGGCCGCUGGGCUCCCCUCUGUCUAAGAUUGGCAUCGAGUUGACUGACUCACCGUACGUGGUGGCCAGCAUGCGGAUCAUGACGAGAAUGGGCACAGCUGUGCUCGAGGCUCUGGGCGAUGGGGAGUUCAUCAAAUGCCUCCACUCUGUGGGGUGCCCCCUGCCUUUAAAAAAACCUCUGGUCAACAACUGGGCCUGUAACCCUGACAUGACGCUGAUAGCCCACCUCCCGGACCGCAGGGAGAUCGUUUCCUUCGGAAGUGGGUACGGCGGGAACUCGCUGCUGGGGAAGAAGUGCUUUGCCCUCCGGAUAGCCAGCCGCCUGGCCAAGGAGGAAGGGUGGCUGGCAGAGCACAUGUUGAUCCUGGGCGUAACCAACCCUGCGGGUGACAGGAAGUACCUGGCAGCAGCCUUCCCCAGCGCCUGUGGGAAGACCAACCUGGCCAUGCUGAGCCCCACCCUCCCUGGCUGGAAGGUCGAGUGCGUGGGUGACGACAUUGCCUGGAUGAAGUUCGAUGCUCAAGGUCACCUAAGGGCCAUCAACCCAGAAAAUGGUUUCUUUGGGGUGGCUCCUGGCACCUCUGUGAAGACGAACCCCAAUGCCAUCAAGACCAUCCAAAGGAACACCAUCUUCACCAAUGUAGCUGAGACCAGUGAUGGGGGCGUCUACUGGGAAGGCAUCGAUCAGCCUCUGCCCUCAGGUGUCACCGUCACCUCCUGGAAGAAUAAGGAGUGGAGCCCACAGGAUGAGGAGCCUUGUGCCCAUCCCAACUCGCGGUUCUGCACUCCUGCCAGCCAGUGCCCCAUCAUCGACCCUGCCUGGGAAUCUCCAGAAGGUGUGCCCAUCGAAGGCAUUAUCUUUGGUGGCCGUAGACCUGAUGGUGUGCCCCUGGUCUAUGAAGCACUCAGCUGGCAGCAUGGAGUGUUUGUGGGGGCAGCCAUGAGAUCCGAGGCCACAGCUGCUGCAGAGCAUAAGGGCAAGGUCAUCAUGCACGACCCCUUCGCCAUGCGGCCCUUCUUUGGCUACAACUUUGGCAAAUACCUGGCCCAUUGGCUGAGCAUGGCCCACCGCCCCGCAGCCAAGUUGCCCAAGAUCUUCCACGUCAACUGGUUCCGGAAGGGCAAGGACGGCAAGUUCCUCUGGCCGGGUUUUGGCGAGAACUCCCGAGUCCUGGAAUGGAUGUUUAACCGGAUCAACGGGGAAGACAACGCUAAGCUCACAGCCAUCGGCUACGUCCCUAAGGAAGAUGCCCUGAACGUGAAAGGCCUGAGGGGUGUCAACUUGGAGGAGCUGUUUGCCAUCUCCAAGGAGUUCUGGGAGAAGGAAAUAGAAGACAUUGAGCAGUAUCUGGAAGACCAAGUCAAUGCUGACCUCCCCUGCGAGAUCAAGAGAGAGGUUCAAGCCCUGAAACAAAGAAUUAGCCAAAUGUAAUCACGAGCAUGUGGGGGGUCUUCCUCAGAGUCACCCCUUCUCAUCACAGCACACGCUGGGAGCCCGGGAAGCCAGUCUGCCCAGGCGGCCUAGCUGCGAGGUAGUCACCACGCCAUGCGGCACAUUAGAGAGGCACUUUUAAUUGUUAAGAUGAGAGCCACAGAGAGCAGGCUAGGAGAGAAUGAGAUCAGGAGGAGAAAUCAUAGCGCACCUCCAAAAUCCACAUUCAAUGCAUGUUUGUUUGGUUCAAGGUUAAGGUCACUCAGGAAUUCAGUUUUUCACUUUAGUUAUAUCAGUCAGCUGGAGUGCACAGAAACCAGUACUUGAGUUGUGUGUGUGUGUGUUUGUGUGUAUGUAUGUGUCUGUCUGUCUGUCUGUCUGUCUGCCUGCCUGCCUGCUUGUCUGUCUGUACCAUUUUCUACAAUAUAUUUAAUACCUUUGGGAAAAAUCGUGGGCAAGUUUAUUUCCUAGUUGUUACUAGAAAGAAGUGUCACUUUGUUACUAAUAUGUGUGUUUAAAUUAUUUUUAUACACUGCCCUUCCUUACCUUUACAUAAUCACAAUAGGUGCCCUGACCACUUCUUGGGAGAAAAAAGUUAUGAAAUAAACUUUUAUAGAAAAGAAA